AUGUGGGGGCUUUCGCUUGUUGUUCAGGUCCGACGGCGGGGAGAUCAUCAGAAGCACGAGGCGCGUGUUAUCUGCAUCGGCCUCGACUGCGACUUGGCAAUGCUUCAAGUUGACGAUCCGGACUUCUGGCAGGGUAUCGGCCCACCGCUCUCCUGGGGCCCCUCCCCGUCAUUAGAGGACCCAGUAACUGUAGCAGGGUAUCCCCUGGGAGGUGACAACUCUUCUGUCACACAGGGGGUGGUUUCUCGCACAGACCUCCAGCAAUAUUCGAUGGGGUCUUGCUGGCUGUUGGCGAUCCAAAUUGAUGCUGCAAUAAACCCGGGAAACAGUGGGGGCCCGGCGUUGAAUAAGGAGAAGCAGUGUGUUGGUAUAGCCUUCCAAAGCCUGAAGGACGGAGACACUGAGAACAUCGGAUAUAUUAUUCCUUCGGAAGUGGUUGUCCACUUCUUGGAGGACUUUCAGCGGCACAAGAAGUAUACGGGCUUCGGGGAUUGUGGGUUUACCUGGCAAAAGCUGGAGAACCGCUUUAUGAGGAGCGCUUUGAGCCUCAAGACCAAGCAACACGGUGUACUCGUCAAGAAGGUGGACGGGGCCUCUUUUGCGCGCGACGUCCUGCAGCGAGGCGAUAUCGUCCUGGCGGUAAAUGGCAACCGCGUGGCUUCUGACGGCAGCGUGCCGUUCAGGAACGGCGAACGCAUCCUCUUCUCCUGGCUCUUUGCUCAGCUGUUUGUGGGAGACAGGUGCUCCCUCACGAUCCUCAGAAGGGGCCGGCAGUUUGAAGUGUCGUACCAAGUCGGAAAGGUCAACCUCUUGGUGCCGGCCACGAACGACCUGCCUCGGCCUGAGUAUCUGAUUGUAGGGGGGCUGGUCUUCGUACCUCUCAGCGAGCCCUUCCUGAAAAGCGAAUAUGGGGAAGACUUCGAAAGCAGAGCGCCAGUGCGGCUGCUUGACAGAUGGCAGCACGGGAUGCAACAGUUCCCAGGACAGCAAUGUGUGAUCCUCACGCACGUCCUUGCUCACGAAAUAACGGUGGGCUUCGAGCAUCUCCACAACUUGCAGGUCAUGGCGUUUAAUGGCCAAGCGGUCCGCACGCUACGCCAUCUCAAUGAGCUCGUGGAAGCGUCCAAUGACGAGUACUGGAGAUUCGACCUGGAUCACGAGGAAGUUGUUAUUCUCAAAGCGGCCUCUGCUCGAUCUGCGCUGAAGUCCAUUCUGAGCCGCAACCUGAUUCCCUCGCACAAAUCGGAAGGGUUGUGA